AUGGCUUCUUCUUUACCUGUACCAGAGCUCACCUUUCUUUCUCCAAAAACCAGAACUCCAAAACAUCACCACCAUCACCACGACCUACUUUGUCUCUCUAAACUUAACUUUUCCAGUAAAAAGCUUAAAUUCAAUCUUCCUAUUCGAACUCCAGUAGUUCGAGCUUUGAAGGAGGAUACUGCAGUGAUCGAGGAGAGAGAGCGAGAAAUUUUGAAGGAACUGAAUGGAAAUGGAAACGGAAGAGUGAAUGGAUCAGUUGAGAGGUAUGUAAAUGGCGGAGUGGGGAGUGUCGAGGAGGGGGAGACUAAUAAUGGGAGUUUGGUGAAUUAUGUGAAUGGAAAUGGUGUGUCGGCAACGGCGGCGGCAGAGAUUGUCGGGGAGGAGGAAAAGGAAGGGGUGAAGGAGGAUGGAAGGAAGAAGAGGAUUGAGGAAAUUGGGAAAGAAGAGGCUUGGUUUAGUCGAGCUGGUCAACAACAAAUUGAGGUUUCUGUUGCACCUGGUGGGCGAUGGAGUAGAUUCAAGACCUACUCAACAAUACAAAGGACAUUGGAAAUAUGGGGAUUUGUUUUAACGUUUAUCUUCAAGGCAUGGUUGAACAACCAGAAAUUCUCUUAUCGAGGAGGAAUGACAGAGGAGAAAAAAGUUGUGAGGAGGAAGGCUCUUGCCAAGUGGUUAAAGGAAAGCAUAUUAAGACUAGGUCCAACGUUCAUAAAAAUUGGCCAGCAGUUCUCCACAAGAGUGGACAUUCUUGCUCAAGAAUAUGUUGAUCAAUUGUCUGAACUUCAGGAUCAAGUUCCUCCAUUCCCAUCAGACACUGCUGUUUCUAUAGUUGAGGAAGAGCUUGGAGCUCCAGUGGAUGAUAUCUUUGAUCGGUUUGACUACGAACCCAUAGCUGCUGCAAGUCUUGGUCAAGUUCACCGUGCAAGAUUGAAGGGACAGGAAGUUGUAAUUAAAGUCCAAAGACCUGGUCUCAAGGAUCUUUUUGACAUUGACCUAAAAAACCUGAGGGUAAUAGCUGAAUAUCUUCAAAAGGUUGACCCAAAGUCAGAUGGUGCAAAGAGGGACUGGGUUGCAAUAUAUGAUGAAUGUGCGAGCGUCUUGUAUGAGGAGAUUGAUUAUACUAAGGAAGCUGCUAAUGCAGAACUGUUUGCAAGUAAUUUCAAAGCAAUGGAUUAUGUAAAAGUCCCAACAAUUUAUUGGGAACACACCACGCCACAGGUUCUGACAAUGGAAUAUGUCCCAGGGAUCAAAAUAAACAAAAUUCAAGCUUUAGAUCAAUUGGGUGUUGAUCGCCAAAGAUUGGGCAGAUAUGCAGUUGAAUCUUAUUUGGAACAAAUUCUAUCUCAUGGAUUCUUCCAUGCUGACCCUGUGAGUCUUAUUGCCACUUUCAGUUUUUGGUGGUACUCGAAAUAUUUGCUAUUUAGGAUUCUCAUUGUUACAAAAUUGUUUGAGAAAGUGAACAUGACUUCUGAGCUUAUUGUACUUUCAUAUGGACAUACACAGAAGGUAGUUCCAGGCGUGUAA